AUGAAAAUUUUAAAUAUAAUUUUUAUAAUACAAUGUUUAAUUGUUUUAAUAAAUUGUCAAUGCGAUGCAGGAGAUAACCCAUAUCCAAUUUAUAAUGAAGCACCAGUUUUAGUUAAUCAAACUGAAUAUGCUAAAUUAUAUUCUAUUGGUCCAGUAGGCAAUCAAGUUAAUCUUAUUGAAUUAUUUGGUACCCCAUAUCAAAGAGGUUUUGCUCAAGGUCAAUUAUUAAAAUCUCAAAUGCAUGAUAUUUAUGAUAACUUUUUUAACUAUAUUACAAUUAUGGUUAAUGAUUUAAUCUCCAAAUAUGCAGAUUAUUUACCAAAGUUUUUAAUAGAUGCAAUUGAAAAGGGUGGAGUUAAAUUGGCAUUGGAUAUUACAGCAGAGUUAACCAAAAAGCAUACACCAGAACACUUUUUCGAAGAGAUGAGAGGUUUAGCAGAUGGCAGUGGUGUCGCAUAUAAUACCAUUCUUCAAUUACAUAUGUUCCCAGAAUUAAUUAAAGCAGCAUGUUCAAUGGUUGGUGCAUACAACCAAUCAACACUUAACCAUGGUCUUUUACAAUUAAGAGCAUUAGAUUUUGGAUUUGACCCAAUGAACCCAUUAAGACUCCAUCCAACUGUUAUGAUUUAUCACCCAGAAGAAUCUGAUGGUGGUCAUGACUUUGCAGUAUUAUCAUGGGCUGGUUUUUUAGGCACUUUAACAGGUUACAGUCAACAUGUUGGUAUUUGCGAAAAAUAUUGGUUUGGUUACAAUGGCACCAGUUCACGUGAAGGUAUCCCAUUCCACUUUUUAUUAAGAGAAAUCAUUCAAUAUGAUACUUCAAUCGACGAAGCAUUGGAUCGUAUUAAUAAUGCUCAACGUACAUGCGCUGUAUUUAUGGGUUUAGGUAGUAAUUCAACCAAUACAUUCAAAGCAGUCGAAUAUUCUCACCAAUAUGUACGUGUAUUUGACGACCAAACACCAUUCCCAGCUUAUGCUCCAACACCAGCUGCUCACCCACAAAUUACAGAUGUUGUUUACAUUGAUAAAUUCGUUCAACCAAGCAAUCAUCAAUGCUUAGCCUCUGUAUUACAAAAAUCAUGGGGUUCAAUCGACGCUACAGCCCUUAUUAAUGCUGCUGCUCAAUUACAAACUGGUGAUCUUCACAUUGGUUUAUAUGAUUUUGCUGAAAAUCAAUUUUAUGUUUCAGUUGGUACCCAAGAGGGUCCAUUAGGUAAUCCAAAUAUUACAAUCGUCCCAGCCUACGCUAGACAAUUUAUUCAAGUUGAUUUAAAUCAAUUUUUUAAAUAA